GACAAGACACCUUGGUCUCAGCCUGCAGAGAUUGUUGAGCAAAAGACAGUCUGCUGCUUAGUAUGGCUAGGAAUGCCUACUUUAUCCUGCUCUCAUGCCUGAUCGUCCUGUCUCCAAGCCAAGGCCAGGAGGCUGAAGAUGACCUGCCAUCUGCCAGGAUCAGUUGCCCAGAAGGUUCCAAUGCCUACAGCUCCUAUUGUUACUAUUUCACUGAAGACCGUUUAACUUGGGCUGAUGCAGAUCUUUUUUGCCAGAACAUGAAUUCAGGCCACCUGGUGUCAGUUCUCAGUCAGGCUGAGGGCAACUUUGUGGCCUCUCUGAUUAAGGAGAGUGGUACUACAGAUGCCAAUGUCUGGACUGGACUCCAUGAUCCCAAAAGGAAUCGUCGCUGGCACUGGAGCAGUGGGUCUCUGUUUCUCUACAAAUCCUGGGCAACCGGGUCUCCUAACAGUUCCAAUCGUGGCUACUGUGUAUCUCUGACUUCAAACACAGGAUACAAGAAAUGGAAGGAUGACAACUGUGAUGCCCAAUACUCAUUUGUCUGCAAGUUCAAAGGCUGAAGUCACCUGAAAAAAAUAGUCAUAUAAAGCAAAAUUGAAAAUACUAUAGAGUCAGAAAUUAAAUUGGACCAUCUAUCAAAAGCAAAUUAGAUCCUCUCUUCCUGGAGAAGGCAUUCUUACUUCACUGUACUACGGUACCUUUAUUUCCAUUAUUUUCUGGAAAUUUGAACAACUGAAAUAAAAAUACCUUCACAAUGUUGCA